UCCUCAUGUAGCGGGGCGCGGAGCCCGGCUCUCCCAACUCAAGAUGGCGGAUGAGAGUGAGACAGCAGUGAAGUCUCCGCCGCCGCCACCGCCACCUCCGGCGCCGCAGCUGAUGGAAGGGAACGGGAAUGGCCAUGAGCACUGCAGCGACUGUGAGAACGAGGAGGAGAACAGCUACAACCGGGGUGGUUUGAGUCCAGCCAAUGACAGUGGAGCCAAAAAGAAGAAAAAGAAACAGAAAAAGAAGAAAGAGAAAAACAAUGAAACUUUGGAUUCUGCCCAGGACCAGCCUGUGAAGGUGAACUCUUUACCAGUGGAGAGAAUCCAGGAAAUACAGAAAGCCAUUGAGCUGUUUUCAGUAGGUCAAGGACCUGCCAAAACGAUGGAAGAAGCCAGCAAGCGCAGUUACCAGUUUUGGGACACCCAGCCUGUACCUAAGCUUGGAGAAGUGGUGAAUACCCAUGGUCCCGUGGAACCUGACAAAGACAACAUCCGUCAAGAGCCCUAUACCUUGCCCCAGGGCUUCACCUGGGAUGCUUUGGACCUAGGGGACCGAGGUGUGCUUAAAGAACUGUACACUCUCCUGAAUGAGAAUUAUGUGGAAGAUGAUGACAACAUGUUCCGAUUUGAUUACUCACCAGAAUUCCUUUUGUGGGCUCUUCGUCCCCCAGGAUGGCUCCCCCAGUGGCACUGUGGAGUCCGAGUCAUCUCAAGCAAGAAAUUGGUGGGCUUCAUCAGUGCCAUUCCUGCAAGCAUCCAUAUCUAUGACACAGAGAAGAAGAUGGUAGAGAUCAACUUUCUGUGUGUCCACAAGAAAUUGCGUUCCAAGCGGGUGGCACCCGUGCUGAUUAGAGAGAUAACUCGAAGAGUCCACUUGGAGGGUAUCUUCCAGGCUGUUUACACUGCUGGAGUCGUACUACCCAAACCUGUUGGCACUUGCAGGUACUGGCACCGGUCUCUUAACCCACGGAAGUUGAUUGAAGUGAAAUUUUCACAUUUGAGUAGGAACAUGACCAUGCAGCGCACCAUGAAGCUGUACCGCCUCCCAGAGACUCCAAAAACAUCUGGGUUGCGGCCCAUGGAAAAGAAGGACAUUCCAGUGGUGCACCAGCUCCUGACCAAGUACUUGAAGCAGUUCCACCUGACCCCCGUCAUGAGCCAGGAAGAGGUGGAACACUGGUUCUUCCCUCAGGAGAACAUCAUUGAUACUUUUGUGGUGGAGAACGCAAACGGUGAGGUGACGGAUUUCCUGAGCUUCUACACUCUGCCCUCUACCAUCAUGAACCACCCAACCCACAAGAGCCUGAAAGCUGCUUACUCCUUUUACAACGUUCACACCCAGACCCCACUUCUAGACCUCAUGAGUGACGCCCUGGUCCUCGCCAAAUCGAAAGGAUUCGAUGUAUUCAACGCACUGGAUCUCAUGGAAAAUAAAACAUUCUUGGAGAAGCUGAAAUUUGGGAUUGGAGAUGGCAACCUGCAGUAUUAUCUCUACAAUUGGAAAUGCCCCAGCAUGGGAGCAGAGAAGGUUGGACUGGUGUUGCAGUAAUCAGCUGCCAAUGAAAAUUGGACAAAGCCACUGAGAAUUCAGAGCAGGACAUGGAACCCGCCGCUGUUGGUCUGAUUUUCAUGGAAGCGAGAAUCCCCAGCUGAGGGAACAGAACCGAACCAGCUACACCAAACAGCCACUGACUUUGACAAUUGUAUCACAACGGCAUAGGCUGUCACUUCUGGUGGCUUCUCUGGUCUCUGUUUUCCAAUUAAUUACAUCCUCAUGCAGCCAUGAUCAAGGGAAUGUAACUGCUGAAACUAGCUCAUGAUUGGCAUAUUAUGGAGUUAACGGGUGAAUAAUAAAAAUAUAUAUAUUAUAUAUAUAUAAUAUUUUAAAUAUCUUUCAUGUUCCAGAUUUACAAGGAUGUUCAGUCCCUAAUGAAAAGCUGUGUCCAACAAAAAUCCUUAAAAUAAGAACCAGAAGUCAGCAUAUUAGUGCAAAUAGUCAUUGCCCUCUGAAGAUCGGCAUUGACAUUUGUCGGGGGUGGGUUGACGAGAAUGAAACAAAUGUGAGCAACCUCUCCCUUGGUUCCCAUCUGCUUUGGGAAUAGAACCAAUGAAAGGGGGAAGUAUGUAAAUAGGAACAAAGUAAAGUAAGAGAAGUUCAGAUCAUUGCUGAAUUCUAUGGAUAUGCUCAGGGUUGGUAACAUGGCAGAUGGCCUACUGGCCCAAACUGAGUCCCAUGGGUAGGACUGUAGAGUGACAGCCAAGCUCAGGCUGCCAGUGCUUCCAUCUGGGCCCAAAGAGCAGCAUGGAGUCUAUUGGAAAUGGGUAAGAGAGAAAGUUAUAUGGACACAGCUCUCCUGGGCAGUUCCAUUAAGAAAUUUAACUUAUUCCCUAUUCCUUCCAUUACCAUCAUUACAGUCUCUACUCUUUAGGAAACUAAUUUGUUGAUUCUUUUUUAAAGGGCUAUCUGGAUGGUGGUUGCCAUCCUUUGUAGGGAGAAAUUUCCUGUGGGAUAUUAGAUCUGCUUAGUGUGACUAUCAGCUUGAAGGGGACCUCAGACCUCCUUGUAGCUUCUGGGACAGUACUGAGUGCACAGCAGUGCCAUUGCUGUUAGCGGGGUCCGAUCCUGUUAGCAGAAGCACAUAGCUGCUGCCCAGGGUACGUGUGUGCAUGAGUGACAACUGUCAGGAUAUGAUGAUGCCCAUGGGGCUGCUCACCCAAAUGCCUUUCUGCCACCAGUCAUGAGCCCGUGCCUUCCAGCUGUUCUCAUCACAUUAACCAUUCCCUUCUGCCCAUUCUGGGUAUCCUCUGUGUUCCUUCCCCAAGGGGUGGCCCAGGGAACAGCUGGGGCUGGGGAGAGGGAUGUUGUUGGUUUUGGACAGAUUAAGCAACUCAGCUAUAAGAAAGAAAGGGGGUUUUUAUGCUCUUGUCUUGGCCUAUAUAUCAAUGCUGGGUUGUAUGUUAUGCUUUUAAUUGCCCUUGACUUUCCAAAAAAAAAAAAAAAGAGAGCAAUAUAAUUGUUUUUCAGAGGUGCUGAAUGGAGUAGGUCAGGGAGUGUUGUUUGGCAAAAUUUUGUUUUCAUCUAAAUAUAGUCUCACUGUUUUUGUUCUAGAAGGGAAAAAACCGACCUCAGUGGUGGACAAAGAACAUGAUGUACAGGGGUUUUCUUGCUGCUUUUACCUUUUGGGCUCUUUCAGGUGAAAGUAAAACCUCAAUUGGAGAGCCAGGCCGGGCCAUCUCUGGUCCCAUUGACUGAAGCCAUCUUUGUCGGAGUCAAGGGUUUGUUCCAAGGUAUGGGUUUGGUGGGGGGUAUUUUUGUAUGAAUUUGGCCACAAUGUGUUUGGAGAUUAGACUAAUUGAAUCUUGUUGGAACUGAUGGAAAUCCUGCUUGCUCUCUGUAGACUGAUAGGAAUGGGUCAGAGUCUCUACACCACUGGAGUUGUUUUUUUCAAAGCUCUUUGGAGCCCUAUCGCUCCAUUUUUUUCCCCAUGUGAAUUAUUUUUAAAACAGCACUUACUGCUUCAGGACCCAGUGGAUAAUAGUAGAUCUUUGAGCCCCUUGAAGCAAGGCUACCAAGACCAAAGCAGCUGCCUAUUGAACAGUAGGAUUCUCAUAGAAAAUUAAAUGGGAGGGAACAGGAAGCCAAGAUCCCAGACUUAACCUUUAUCACAGAAAUUCAAGUCCACCAAAAACUAACAGGCCCAAUUACCUAGUUCUUUCCUGUCCUAGGAUGAAAAAGGAAAGUCCUAUACUUUCCUGUCCUAGACGUGCUUUGAACCACCUCAGACAAGGCCAUGAUGGGGGAGCAUUUGUGGGAUUGAAGAUGUUCUUUUAGUUGUCUCAAGCUUUCUCAGGGGAUGAGAGGAUGAGUUUGCUCAUCUUGAUUAGCCUGUAUCAUGAAAUUGAAACUCAGAUGUUUUAACUCCCUUAGGAAAGACUUUUUUCCAGGAUUGUGGAGGGUAAGGCCUUUAUAUAGUUGUUGGCACCAUAUGACCAGUUGCGGGAUCCUAAACAGCAGUUCUUUGGUCUGCUCCUUAAUGGCAUCGUCAUUCAUUUGACCAAAAUGCCAAGACUUUGAAUUCCCAUGAUCCUUUUCUGCUUGCUGUGCCAUUUCAUCUAGGUCUUGGAGAGUCAGCAUAGAGUUGUUAACCAAUUCCUGGAAUUUGAUCCUAUCCUCUACCCCACCCUUGGGAUUGGAGGGUCUAAGCCAAGAAGGAAGAAUCACUUUGUGAUUCCAGGUUCUCCUUCUAGCUCUUAGAGUAAUUGGAGAGGCUGAGGGAUAAUGGUGCCAUUACAUCCCUAGGGGGUGCUAACCAAAGCGGUCUGAUGGACCCAGGUAACAUCCUGUGAUUUUCUGUGAAUUUUUGCUCCUUUUUUGUGAUGCCCUGGCCCACUGGCCUCAUACAUUGCUACCCAGGUUGGCUUUAAACACAUUCUUUUUCCAAAGACUUCUUUGAGAUUGCUCUCACCAUGCAACUGCUGAUCUGUGAUACAGUUUGGUAGGCUCCCACUGCCUCUUGCAAUUAAAGCCCUCUUUUGCCUGAGAAAAACCUGAGAGAAGGCCUCCUGUGAGAAGAGCUCCUCCUUCACUCCCUGUCACCCUUUGCUGCAUAAAUCCUAUUCUGAAGAAGCAACUGUUGCUUUGCUCCAAGGUCAAGAUUUAAAAAAAAUAAAAAUGCCAAUCCAAACCACUUCAGUUUAGUGGGACACACUGAAGCAUUGUUGGUUGCCCUUCAAGUCUGUAAGAGGGAAAUUAAGUCUUGCUUUUUCUGAGCUAUCAGCUUCCUUUUCCUUCCAUUUUUUUCUGGCUUAGGCCUCUCUGGAGUUUAGAUCGAAGUUUCCUCAUGGGUGUUGAGGUAUCCUGACCAUACCUCCCAAAAGAGAAACUAUUAAAAAAAAUGAUAAACUUCAGUGGUCUUCCAGGGGAGCUGGGUCAGGAAGGCUUCAGGCUACCCACAGUAGACUAAAUGAUGAUCCCAAAGCAAGUGGAUGAUGGACCUUCUGGGUUAUUGCUAUCCAGACUUGGGCUGACAAAGGUAAUGCCUCGGGAUAGGGAGAAGACAGAGUUGUCUCCUCCUAGAACUCCCUGCUGCUUAUAUCUAGCUCAGCUGGGGUGGGAGAUGGAUGGGAGUCUGGUUCUCCUUUGAGAGCCAUGUUAAGGGAGACAAAAGAGUUUGUAACUUUCUACUGUAUGACUCGGCAGAGCUGAAAAAUGUGACUUUGGGUGUCCUUUCCUCCCAAAGGUGGGGGAAGGUGGGGUUGCCACUGAGAACACUGGAUGAUAAAGAAGCAGGUGGGCCCUGGAUAAUGGGGGAGGCUGCCUCCCCGUGGAGGAGGUUUCUUUGAAUGGCGCCCAGUGGAGGAAAUGAAGCUUCACCUUUUUGCUGUCAAAUUUCUUGGUGCAUUGGGGUUGGGUGAGGACAUUUGGAAGGGGAGGUUUGAUGAAGUGGCUUCCAUUUCAGAGGAGCAGGGGAUAAAGAAAAGACGUUGUGUGUGGCUGGUCAUGAGUGAUUGCAAUUUCCUUAAUUCUAAUAAAGCAGCUGAAACCCUU